AAUGAUACAUGUCAGGUCCUUGGUUUAAGUAACCCACAUUUGACUAACCAUGGUUAACCUCGAAAAGAUAGACAUGAUUGACACAUGUGUAUGUAUUUUGGUGUAUGUAGAUGGCUACAUGCAAAAAGGUUCUUUGUCAAUUACUCACAUUUGUUUUAUUUUCUAUAGUUUCCGUUUUUAAUUUGUAAUUUAGGUUUUUCUAUUUGUUUCAUAAAUUGGUCAAUUGCUUGAUUUUAAUUAAUUAUUUACAAUUGGCUAAUUUUGUACUUUUCUUUUUCCUUCUGGGCAGAUGUAUCGAACGGUGAAGUCAACUGAUAGAGCUGCUGCUAUUUCAGGACAUUCAGAUGGGCUUGAAAAUGGGUCUUCUGGAGAUACCUCAGAUGAUUUCCUGUUUGACAUUCAAAAUUUGCAUAAAUCGAAACAAAUUGAUAUGAAGAGUGACAAGGAAUACCAUGGUCUAUGGCACAGUUGCUCCAGCAGGGAAGCUUGGAUGCAUGGGAGAAAGGGGGAUUAUGGAGUAGGAUACAUACAAUCCAUUGAGAAGGAUACGGAUCGAAAAUGCACGAGCCCUUUAUCGAGUGGAUCACGAACGAGCCCGAAAGAGAAUCCUAAUCUUGAGUUCACUCUUGGGAGGCCUCUUUGAAUGAAUUACAUCUUGUACACAAUCACUAGUUAUGAUAUGUAAUUUAUUACAUAUGUAAUUUAUUAAAUUACAUAUGUAUGAAAUCAAAAGGGAAGAAAAAGGGAAAAGCAAGGCCUAGAGGUAAAGAAAGACAAAAGGAGACAAGAAAGACACAAAGCAAACAAAAGGUGGGAGGGAAAAAAAAAUAAAAGAAAAAUAAAAGGAAUGUGAUUGGUGUCAAGAUGUGAGAUUCAAAAUCAUCUCAUAAUAAAAUAUUCCUUUUGUGAUUAAAUAGGGAAUGUCUAAAUGAUUUUUGUACUUUUAUGCAUUUAGGAAAAAAAUGAGGGAAGUAAAGGAGUUUGAGAAAAGAGUCAUGAAGAAGGAAUUGACUAUAUAUGUUGUUGUUAAUUUAAAUAUGAUCAUAUACUUUUUAUGUUUGAAGGAGGGAAAUAUCUAUAAUUCAUGCACUUAAUAUAGAUUUAUUUAAAAAAG